CUGCCGCAACCGCCACCGUCAUGGACUCAGUGGAUUCGGCCCGUCGCGGCCCCGGCCCCAGCCCCAGCCCCAGCCCUCGGCCUGGUGACUGAAACAAGGUGAUCACUGACUGUUGUCACUGCGAUAUCCCAAAUUGCUGAGCUGAGAGAGAGGUCCUUCUGUUGUUGUUGUUGCUCCCAGAGCUUGAUGUCGCAGGCAGUAGAGGAGCCGGCCGGGGACCCUGGAGCCCCAAAGCCAGGAAGCAGCAGUGCCAUGGAGCUGGGGACUUGCCAAGAGCUUUUGCAUCGACUUCGGGAACUAGAGGCAGAGAAUUCAGCUCUGGCCCAGGCCAAUGAGAACCAGCGAGAGACCUAUGAGCGCUGCCUGGAUGAGGUAGCUAACCAUGUGGUACAGGCUCUUCUGAAUCAGAAGGACUUAAGAGAAGAAUGCAUCAAAUUGAAGAGGAGGGUAUUUGACUUGGAAAGGCAGAACCAGACAUUGAGCACUCUCUUUCAGCAGAAGUUGCAACUUUCAGCAAGUUCUCUUCCACAGCUCCCUUUACAUCCGCUGCAGUCCAUCUCCGAGCCUCUGGCCACCACGCUCCUGAACGCCGAAGAGGGCCCGGCAGCCUUAUUGCCGAUGGGGCCCCAUCCUGGACCAAAAGAGCAGCAGCAGCAGCAGCAGGUGGCUCUGGGGGGCCUAGGACCCCCACUGGAUGCCCUUUCCCCGUUUCUGAAGAAAAAGGCUCAGAUCCUAGAGGUGCUGAGAAGCCUGGAAGAGACUGACCCCCUGUUACUGCACCCCCCCACGGCCUCGUGGAGGGCAGCAGGGCACCCUGGGGAGAGGCUGGGCUCCCCAGAACCGGUCAAUGGUGAGGUGUGUACACCACCUCUGCCAGAGCCUGCCCCGUGGGCAUCCUGCCUGCUCCUAGGCCCCAGCGGCCUGGGGGGACUGCUCCGGUGGGAGCCCAUGCUGGGGAGCCCCCGAGCUGAGGAUGAGAAGCUGGGGAGGCUUUGGGGCACAGGCCGGGAGCCUCAGAGGUCCCCGGCGCCCCAGCCCAGCCUCCACAGCGGCCUUGGCAGCAGCAGUAGCUCCUCCUCAGAUGAGGCCGGGGAGCCAGGGGAGGCACUGACGCCAGCUGCUCUGCUCAAUGCCCUGGCCCGGAAGCAGCUAAACCUAGGCCAGUUGCUGGAGGACACAGAAUCUUACCUCCAGGCCUUCCUUUCAGGGGCUGGAGGACCCCACAGCGGAGACACGACCCCUGCCUAUGGCCCUGGCUCGGGACAGCUACCCUUGCCCAGCGAGGCUCUGAGAGCCAAAGGCCUCCCCAAGGCAGCCUGGGGCGGGGGAGGCUCUGAGCCCCUCAGGCCGGGCUUCAGCACUACCUCAGAGGGCGGUGGCGGGGCUCUCCCCUUCCUCAGCGUGUUUGUGGGGGGAGGAGACAGCUCUCCGGGCCCGAGCCCCUGGCCCAGCUACCCCCAUUCCUCAUCUCAGGUGAAAAGCGAGCUCCAAAUUAGCCCUUCUUCCCCCCUCGAGACCCAGGACCUCGCCUUCUCCCCUCCCAAGAGUCUCAACUUCUUGAAGCUGUCUCUGGCCCCAGAGAAGGCCCCGAGCCCUGGAACCCCCCAUCUUAGUCCCCAGUUGGCCCGAAGCUCCCGGAUCCCUUGCUGGAAUGGUGGUCCUGAUGGGAGCCCUUCCCCCAUGCUUACCCACCGUGGCCUUGGGGGUGACCUGUCGCCCGAGAUAGUUGCCCGGAGCCAGUCCGGCAGCUCUCCACCCGUCAUCGUCGUGGAUGCCAUCCCGCUGAGGCCCGUGCAUCCGGCCCCCUCCUCCGUCCUCUCGUCUGAGCCCCCCGCUUGUCCGAGCUCGCCCCGGUAUGGAGACGUCCUGGACCUUUCUGCCGGCUCCUUUGCGGGACCCUCUGCAGAGCCCCCCAUUUCCCCCCUUCAGUCGUCCAGCUACCCCCAGCUGGCCCCAGAGACACCAGACCAGGGUCCUCGGGGUCCACCUAGCCCCUGCCCCUACGGGGGUGCCCAGGGGAAGGGUGCUGAGAAAGCCGGACAAGAGUCUCCCCAGGCCGGCUGGAAGAGCACAGGAGGCUCUUCCAAAAAGCUGGGCAAUGGCGCGGGGAGACGGCCCGGGGAGCCGAGCUUCCCACCUCUCCGGGAGCGCUUGACAGCCCUGGGCAGACCAAAGCCAGGCCCAGAGGGAACGCCGAGCGGGGGCGACAAGAACGGAAGCCCCGGAAAGGCUGGGGUGGAGAGGGUCCGGCCACCGGGGAGGCUGAGGGAAGGGGCCGGGGACGUAGCCCCCAGCUCGUUCAGGCCCCCUGAGCCCGCGGAGGCAAAGGGGCCCCCGCGAGGGCCCGUGCCCUUGGGCACCAGCAGCCUGAAGCAACAGGAUCACGGGCCCCCCGGGGACCCUGGGCCCCGCUGCUACUCUUCCCACUCCAUGGGCGCCCGUCUCGACCUGGACCCUGUUUCUCCUCGUGGCUGCCUCACCAAAGUGGAGCUGGCCAAAAGCCGGCUGGCAGGGGCGCUGUGCCCUCAGACCCCUCGGACCCCAGUCAAGCUGCCCACCACCGUGCCCAGCUCAGGCAAGCCCAACAAGAGCCCCCAUGGCAGCCCCACCAAGCUGCCCUCCAAGUCCCCCACCAAGGUGGUUCCCCGGGGGGCAUCCCCCCAAGUGCCCAAGGACCCAGGCAAGCCCGAGAAGGGCAAGGGUCCCCCUUGGGCAGAUUACGGCACCCCCUCCCAGCCAGGGCCCAAAGCGGGGGGCCCCGAGGGGCCGGCGCUGCACUCGGCCAUAGAGGAGAAGGUGAUGAAGGGCAUCGAGGAGAACGUGCUGCGCCUGCAGGGCCAGGACCGGGCCCCGAGCGCCGAAGCCAAGCACCGCAACUCGAGCAGCAUCGUCAGCUGGUUCGGCCUGAAGAAGAGCAAGCUGCCUGCCCUGAGCCGCCGGGCCGACCCCGGGAAGAACAAGGACGGGCCUGGGGGGGCGCCCCCGCCCAAGGGGGGCAAGCAGGACGCCCGCAAGCUGGAGACGGAGAGCCUCAACAUCUCCAAGCUCAUGGCCAAGGCCGAGGACCUGCGCAAGGCCCUGGAGGAGGAGAAGGCCUACCUGAGCCGGCAGGGCCGGGGGCGCCCGGGGGGGCCGGCCAGGGGGCCCGGGGGCAGCGGGGACGCCGUGCUGGGCCAGGCCCAGAGCCAGCUCGCCAUCGUGUACCAGGGGGCCGACACCUUCAUGCAGCAGCUGCUCAACCGGGUAGAUGGGAAGGAGCUGCCCCCUGACCGCUGGCAGGAGCCCAAGCCGGACUUCAGAGACUUUACGCCGGCCGCUCCCGAUGCCAAGGGCCCCCCGCCCCUCCGGAGCCCCCGCAAUGGCCUCGUCGCCCAGAGCGCCAACAAGCCGUCAGGGAAGAAGAGCGGUGAGCCGGCACCGAGGGAAGCGGCCCCUCCUGAGGACGGCCUCGCUGAGCCCAUCCCUGCCCCGGAUUUCACAGCCUGCGGCUCCCUGACCCGAACCCUGGACAGUGGCAUCGGCACCUUCCCGCCGCCAGACCACGGCAGCAGCGGAGCCCCCGGCAAAAACCCCCCCAAGCCAAAGCCUUCUCGCCUGGACCCGGCCCCCGUGGACCCCUCGGCCCGACCCAACCCCCUCACCAAGGUUCCCCGACGAGCCAGGACAUUGGACCGGGAGGUGCCCGCCAUGGAGGAGCUGCUGGUGGCCGGGCGGCACCCGAGCGUCCCCACUUUCCAUGCCCUGCUUUCUCCCACGCCCAGGCACCACGGGCACAAGGCCUGCACGGAUGAUUCUAGCGGGCAUCCUGGACGACCACCCCCAAUCCAGCUCUCCAAAAACUGGACUUUCCCCAACACCCGCACGGGCAGCAAUGCCUCCGACCCGUUCCUCUGUGCACCCCAUCAGCUGGAAGGCCUGCCUAGGACCCCGCUGGUCCCCCCCACUGAGAGGAAGCAGUGUCUAGAGGAAAGGCAGCCGCCCGCGACCACCCCCGGCCCAGCCUUCAGUGACAGCCGCACGCCCAGCACCUCAGACAUGGGAGAGGACGGACGGGCGUCUGGGGGAGGCCCGCCUGGCCUGGAAACGUCGGAGUCCCUGAGCGAUUCCCUGUACGACUCCCUGUCCUCGUGCGGGAGCCAGGGCUGAUGGUGGCCUGAGGCAUCCAAGACGCUCUUUGCUCGCCUGCCCAGACCAGGGGCCCCCCCGGUUUCUGUGAACCAGAAGGGGGUACUCUGCCCUGGGACCCCAUUUGAAGCACACCCCUGGGAGAGAGCUGGAGAAGAAACUACAGUGCAGCCCCCCACAGGCACCCUGGAAUGCCCAUGGGAGGGCACCCCAGGCUUGAUCUAUUUUUUCUCUUGCUCUUGCCCCAUCUUGAACCCCAGGGGCGCUAUAUCGUGGUGCUGGGCCUCCCCCGCUCUUCCGCUGGCUGGACCCAAUCGUCUCACUACUAGGCCUCCCGUCUAAGCUGGCUGCUCCCCAUUUCCCACCAUCCUCCCUGGACGGAGCCAAAAAACUCAGUGGAGAUGAGAGGAGGCAGCGGAGUCUGGCCUCUCCCCCAUCUCAUCUCCUCCGUCUCCCCUGGCCUUGGGGAGCCUCAUCGCUCUCUUAGAUGGUGCUGUCCUGACCCCCUCCCCAGGUCUCUGGGGUUCUGUUGUUGGGGAACAGAGUUUUGUUUAUAUUAAAGUCAUUUCCCCUCCUGUU